AUACCCAGCAAAAGCUUUCCCUUUUUUCUCACAAACAUGUCUUUGCAUUGGUUAUUGAUAUGCCAUGGAAUGAUCACUCUCACGAUAGUUGUUUCAUUCCUCUGUGGGCAGUGGCCUAUCUUCCAAGGAACACCCAUCAGCUCCAUCCAUCGUUUCCUCACUUUCGGAGCUUAUCGACACUUCUUGUAACUUCCAUUUUUUUCACAUUUCUUUUAUGGGUUCUUAUUUAUAUCUUGGUUUUGUGUAUAUGGUUCUUGGCUGUUUUAAUUUGUUUCAGGAAGUUUAUUGGGGCUGUUUUUGGAGAUAGAGGAACAAAUUUGGUUCUCUCUGUUGAGUAUUAUUGCUGUGAUAGGGCUAAUCCCAUCUUACAGAUUAUAUACUUGGCAAUAAUUGGAACGACUUAUUACAUUGUAGUGAAGACGUCUUUUAGCUAUAUUCCUGGGCACUAUCUAAGCGAAGUGCAUAGGUACGGAAGCUUUUUGGCGGUUGCUAUUGGCCUUUUUCUCUUUUUAUUGACUAGCUUUUCUGAUCCGGGAACUGUGAAGGCUGAGAAUGUUUCACUAUAUCUCUAUGCGUAUCCUUAUGACAAUCUGAUAUUUACCAAGAAAGAAUGUCCCACUUGUAAAAUUCCAAAACCUGCUAGAUCGAAGCACUGCAGCUUAUGCAAGCGAUGCGUCGCCCGCUUUGAUCAUCACUGUGGAUGGAUGAAUAACUGUAUUGGGGAGAGGAAUACCCGAUACUUCAUGGCUUUUCUUAUAUGGCAUUUCCUUCUUUGUGUGUAUGGGACGAUUACUAUUGGAUUGGUUCUUGCUGGACGAGUGGAAGAGUCGCAAAUCGUGCAUAUUUUAAUAGUUUAUUAUGGUGUAGAUAAUUCUGUUCGCAGUUUAGCUCCGUAUAUUGCACAGUGGCUAGUAGACGCACAUAACACCCAAAUACUUCUUAUGGUGUUCCUGGCUGUAGUUUCUCUCCUGUUAGCGGGUUUCUUUGCAUAUCAUGCAAAUCUUUGUCUCACAAACACGACAACAAACGAGACCUUCAAGUGGCAAGACUACAUAACGUGGCAGAAGAAAGGGAAUGAAGCACAUGCAGCAUUGGGUGUGAACGCCACUGGGAUGACUAGGGAAGGAAACCCUGAAGAGAGCAAAUGUAAGUCCUUCUUCGGAAGGUUCCUUCUACAGGAGACUGAAGUUGUUGUAAGAAAAAAUGUGUACGACAAAGGGUUCUUUCACAAUAUCUACGAGGUCAUCUUUCCCUUCUCGACAAGAGCAUCGUUUUCGCAGACAAAAUCGAAAUCGGACUGAGAUUUUAUUGUCUGGUAACGCAUAUUCAUCCACACGGAACCACCAAUCACCAUGUUAGCCAGAAGUUCAAGAUCGAUGAUCGAGUCAAAAUCCCGAGGCUCGCAUUUGGAGCAUGGUCCACUUAUGCAGCUUCUUCUUGGCUUAAUAUUAUUGUUCUGGAAAAUGGAAAUCUGUACUCGUUUUUUUUUUCAUUUUAAAGGGAAA